GAUAAAAUUUGCAAUAUAUUCUUUAUAGAAUGAAAGCAAUUCUCCUGCUUUUCAUCUCUGCGACGUCUAUAAAGACGCAAGAGUUAUGGAAUCAAUACCCAGAAUCAAACGGAAAAUACAUCGUUCCAUAUAAGUUCACCGGCGCCUACGAUCCUGAAGAACGAUCGAUGAUCGAGACUGCUAUGCGAAAGAUUGCUGACAACACUUGUGUUGAAUUUAGACCUCGCACCAACGAAGAAGAAUUCGUAGAGAUAGUCAACCAGAGAGACGGAUCAUGCAGUGCAAAUGUGGGAAGAAGUGGGGAAAACAGGAUAUAUCUCGAGUCGAACGAAAAUGUAAAAUGUAUAGACUCUAAAAUUGUAAUGGUGAUGCUUCUGCAUAGUUUGGGACUGUGGGGCGAGCAUCAGCGAGCAGAUAGGGAUAAGUACAUCAAGAUACAUUUCGAAAAUAUCGCAGAUCAAAGAGAGGGUUUCUUCGUAGCAGAGAUCGGUUCAACGAAGAAGUAUCUCAGCGUUCCUUACGACUAUUUGUCCAUUAUGCAUAAUUCAAAAGAUGCUUACGCAAGGCCAGGCACAGUUGCCAUCGAGACUCUCGAUCCUGCUUAUCAGGAUCAGAUUGGUACGGCAACGGAACCCUCACUUCGGGAUUAUGAAAAGAUCAAUCUCCUCUACCAGUGCAACAAUCUGAAGAUCACACCUGGCACCGUUUCGUUUUACGCAUAAAGCAUGGAAAUCGACUAAGUUGCAAACCUAUUAUUUGCCAAGAAACCUCUCAAAAGCUGGAAGGUUUUUUUAUCACAAAU